AUGAGCAACUCGGCCAAGUCGCCCUCCGGCCCCGUCGGUGAUGAGGGGCAGCGCAACUACCCGAUGUCAGCUCGUACCCUCGUCACACAGGAGCAGGUGUGGGCCGCCACGGCGAAGUGCGCGAAGCGGAUUGCAGAGGACUACAAGAGUUUUAAUCUAACGGCCGACAACCCGCUCUACCUGCUGUGCGUGCUCAAGGGGAGCUUCAUCUUCACGGCCGACCUCGCCCGUUUUCUCGCCGACGAGGGUGUCCCGGUGAAGGUGGAGUUCAUCUGCGCUAGCUCGUACGGCGCGGGCGUGGAGACGUCGGGUCAGGUGCGCAUGCUUCUCGACGUGCGCGACUCCGUGGAGAAUCGCCAUAUUUUGAUUGUCGAGGACAUCGUUGACAGCGCCAUCACGCUGCAGUAUCUGAUGCGGUUCAUGCUCGCCAAGAAGCCGGCCUCGCUCAAGACGGUGGUGCUGCUGGACAAGCCGUCGGGGCGCAAGGUGGAGGUGCUGGUCGACUACCCCGUCAUCACGGUCCCGCACGCGUUUGUGAUUGGCUACGGCAUGGACUUCGCCGAGUCGUACCGCGAGCUGCGCGACAUCUGCGUGCUCAAGAAGGAGUAUUACGAGAAGCCGGAGAGCAAAGUGUAG